AUGAAUUGCAUAUUGGUUUUUGGUGAUUUUUUUUUUUGGUGGGGAUUUUUGUGUCUUACUGGUAAAUUACUGUUUAAAAAAAAAAAGAUCCAGAUGCCCAUAGACAUUUUCAUGAGCCACGACUGGCCUCGAAGAAUCUACCAUUAUGGAAACACGGAGGAUCUCUUGCGGAAGAAGAAGUUCCUGCGGUCGGAAGUGGAGACCAACACCCUGGGAAGUCCGGCUGCUGAGGAGCUGCUGGCCCAUCUGCAGCCCAGCUACUGGUUCUCUGCACAUCUCCAUGUAAAGUUUGCUGCUGUCAUGCAGCAUCCACCUAAGGGUAACGCAGCCCCACGUGUCACCAAGUUCCUGUCUCUGGAUAAGUGCCUCCCCUACAGAGAGUUUUUGCAGAUUGUUGAUAUUCCAGACAGAUCGAGUUCAUCUGAGGGUCUGGAAUAUGACCCGGAGUGGUUUGCUGUUCUGAAAGCUACCAACAGUUUACAGGUGACCACUCCUCAGCGCUGGAACCCCCCAGAGAAUAACGGCCUGCACGAACGGUGGGACUUCAGAGCUUCGGAGGCGGACAUGAUGCAGGUGGUGGAGGAUCUCAGCGGGGAACUCGCUAUUCCAGAAAACUUCAGCCGUACCGUCCCGCCGUACGACCCCAGCCAUCCCCAGCCACACGCCCCCCCGAGCUACAACACCAACCCACAAACGACAGAGCUCUGCGCCAAGCUGGGCCUCACAGACGUCUACUGUAAGGUCGGGCAGAGAGGCGACGACGCAGGCAGGUCCCAGAGCGCCACCGGGGGGGGCGAGGACGAGAGUCUGGAUGAACCCAGCGAGUAUCCGACGGAUACGUCAGGGUUGUCCAGUUCUUUUAACCCUGAUGAGAUCACCAUCGAAGACGAGUGGGAAGAAGAAGAGGAGGAAGGAGCAAAGGCGGACCUGCCCUCAGAUACCCACACCCCCUUUCGGAUGGUCCUGCCAGAGCCCAAAUCUACCGUCUCCCCCUCUGUCCUGAUGGACCUGCCACCCCCCUCCCACUCCACCCCCAGAGCUCCUCCCGCUCAGCCAGAGGGCGAACAGGAAGGACGGUGCGGUGAUGAGGAGGCUGCCGCUCGCAUCCUGAAGCGGAGCGGCGGCGAAGCGGGAAGCGGGAACACGACUCCGAGAAUCAAACGCAGGAACCAGGUCAUUUACCAGAGCACUGACGAUGACGAGUGUGAGGGUUAGAACGCAGGAAACGGACUUCUUUAUUAAGAUGUCAUUUUAUGGGUUUUAAACAAAGCCAGACCAUUUUAGAAAACAGGAUUUGAAUUUCAGUUUCUUUGGUAAUAGGAAAUUCUAAUUUAAUGGCAAAGAUUAAAGAAGCUGAUGAUGUUUUUUUCUUUUCUUUUUUUUUUGAAUAAUCUAUCACUAAAACUAAAAAACAAAAAGAAGUCAACUGUGGUUAUUAGAAACAGUAUUUUCAAUGCAGUAUGGCUGAACCCUCAGCCAUACUGAUUUUUUUUUAUCUUUCAGCAAAAUAUGAAUUAAUUUUAAUUAGGAACUUGCAAAUAAAUUUCUCUCACUAUCCUAACAAAA